UUGAUUCAGAAUGGUACUAAAAGAUGGCGCUACGAUAAUGGCGGUAGUACACAUGAAAUGGGCAAGUGCUAUGUGUAGUGAACGUCAAUUUUAAUAAAGUGACUUUUAGUUGAGUAAUCUUAUAAUUGUAUAGCCAUGAAAUUAUUGAAACCAAAUUGGGUGUCUCACGAUGAUUUGCCCAUAUUUUCUAUUGAUAUUCAUCCUGAUGGUUCAAGAUUUGCAACUGGUGGUCAAGGGGAAGACUCAGGGAGAAUUGUUAUUUGGAACAUGGCACCAGUCGUUAGUGAGAAGAUAGAGAAUGAUGAAAAUAUACCAAAAAUGCUGUGUCAGAUGGACAAUCAUUUAGCUUGUGUGAAUUGUGUACGGUGGAGCUUUUCUGGCAGGUUUCUUGCUUCUGGUGGAGAUGACAAACUGGUUAUGAUCUGGAAAAUAAGUAAAUAUGCAUCAGCAGGUGGAAACACCGUGUUUGGUAGUGGGAAGGUUAAUGUUGAAACAUGGCGCUGUGCUACAACAUUGAGGGGUCAUAAUGGAGACGUUCUUGAUAUGGCUUGGUCACCUCAUGAUGCCUGGUUAGCUACUUGUUCAGUCGACAACACUGUAAUAGUUUGGAAUGCUUUGAAAAUGCCAGAAAUGGUUGCGGUUUUGAAAGGUCAUUCAGGUCUAGUGAAAGGGGUGGCAUGGGAUCCUGUGGGAAAAUAUGUAGCAUCACAGUCUGAUGACAAGACACUCAGGAUAUGGCGGACAGCAGACUGGCAGCAAGAUGCUGUCAUAAGUGAGCCAUUUGAGGAGUGUGGCGGGACAACUCACGUCCUUCGAUUGAGUUGGUCUCCAGAUGGUCAGUAUCUUGUUUCUGCACAUGCUAUGAAUGGAGGUGGUCCUACAGCCCAAAUUGUAGAGCGUGAAGGGUGGCGUCAAGACAAAGAUUUUGUAGGUCACCGCAAAGCUGUCACGUGUGUGCGUUUCAACUCUAACAUUCUCCAGAAAUCGUACAAAUCAUGGUGCAAGCCACAGCAGUAUUGCUGUUGUGCAAUCGGUUCUCGCGACCGAUCUUUAUCUGUCUGGCUUACAGCUCUGAAGCGUCCCCUCGUAGUCAUCCAUGAACUGUUCAGCAACUCUGUGCUUGACUUGUCAUGGUCUGGUUCUGGCCUUCAACUUAUGGCAUGUUCAUGGGAUGGAUCUGUGGCUUUUGUUGAGUUCUCAGAGGAAGAAUUAGGCAAACCACUCACCUUGGAUGAAAAGAGUACAUUACAUGAGCGGAUGUAUGGGAAAUUCCUGUCACCAUCUGCUCGCCAGACUUGUGUGGUGGAGACUCCUGAGUUGCUUGAAGUUCGAGAGAAACAAGCUGAAAUGAAGGAUCCAGUAGUACCAGCAAACCAAACUGAACCUGCCACUGAGCAGCCAGUUACACAACGAACACCAAUGAAGGGACCAAUCAACAAACAAAUAGAAACUCGAACAUCAGAUGGCAAGCGACGCAUAACACCCAUGUUCAUUCCACCAGCACCAGAUUCUGGAGAUGUACCUCAGCCAUUUGGGGCAAGUGGUUCACAGCAACCUACAUUUAGUAGUUCUUCAGAGACAAAGAGUCGCAUUGUCAUUGAAAAGAGAGAUGAUAUUGUGACACCGAAUGUAAGUGGCGGUAGCAACAGCAGACCUUGUGAUACAACAUCUGCUGUAUCCGCUACACCUGUUGUAAACAGUACAUCCUGUCCACCAACAUUAAAUAAUCAAGUUUUAGGUCAAAGGAUAACCCCAAACAUCUCUGAUGGGAGAUUAGAAGUGCAAAAGGUGAGUCGUAGUGUGCCACCUUCAGUAACUACCAAACGCCGAAUAGACACUGCUGUCAGUGUUGGAACCAAGUUACCUGUAGUGAAACGUUCCAGACCACCAGUGACAUCAGGUUCUGAUAAACAGCUACAACCAACUAGCUUGCCGCAAUCCUCCGGUGAUGAAGGUUUAUCAGGAGUAGGAGACGUUGAUUCAGGGCCAGGGCUGAAGUUGCCUCCCCUGAGACUCCAGAAUGGUAAAGGACUUGUAGUUCGUAUCAGUGGCGGAAAUGGAUUGGUCAAAAGUAGACGUUUAGAAGUUGAAAAUCGGGCAUGUGGUAGUUCAUUUGGCCCACUUACAAAGGUUAGAGUAUUUUCUGAUGGCUGCAGCUCAGGGGACAUGCCCCAGUGGGAAGCUGUUCUGGGCUACCCAGUCAGCGGUUCUGUGGCUAAUAGUCAGCUUGUGGUCAUUGCUUGUGAAGAUGCUACACUUCACCUACUUCAGACUGACACAGGUCAGCGACCUCUUCCACCACUGGUUUUGUCAUCCCCAGCUUCAAGAUUGGCCCUUAAUGCUUCACAACAAGUAAUGGCUGUCACAUGUCGUGGUAAUCUUUCUGUAUGGGACGUAUUAAAGGGCAAGGCUUUGGUCCGAAAUGAGAGUUUGCUGCCAAUCAUGCAGGCUGAGCCAGGUUCUGUAGUGACUAUACUCAGUUGCUCCCUUACAGAAGAAGGCCACCCUCUUGUUUCUCUGUCCACAGGGAAAGCAUACAUGUUUUCAGCAGAACUUUCCAGCUGGUUGGUGUUGGCAAACAGCAGUGAUCCAGUACAGCGUUCCUCAGCUCAUCGUGCCUUUGUUUCUACACUUUCUGCCAGUCAGAACACAGGAGGGUUACCAUUAGCAUGCCUGCAAUCUCAUAUAAUCAGUGGUGUGAGUUUACUGGGACAGGGAUCCUCAGCCAAUGCUCUGUGCACAGUCACUUUCAUGGAGCAGCAGCUCGCUGCGUGUCGUGCUCUGAACUCAAAGCAAGAGUUUCACAGUUGGCUUCUGGCACUUGCACGCUUUCUUACUCAAGAAGGCUUGGAGACCCGAUUGCGAUUAAUCUGUGAUGACCUCUUGGGGCCAACUCAUAGCCAUGCAAAACAUAGCAAGUCAUGGGAUACUUCUGUGAUGGGUUUCUCAAAGCAUGCACUUUUGCGGGAGAUUCUGCCUUUGAUUGGCUCCAAUUUGCAUCUUCAAAGGAUUUACACUGAAUACAGUGAUCAGUUGGCCAUGCUGUCAGAAGAAAAGUAGCUGGUGAAUGUGAACAGUAGUGCAUCAGAAAGUGUUAUUCAAAUAUUGUGAUUUAGCUCAGCGAUGUGUUACUUUUUGCACUAAGUGAUAAAACUAUUACUAGGUAAGUAACACAGUAAUUGAUUAAAGUGGCGAUCCUACAGAGAUGUUAAAUAAUUAUGAAAUUCAGUUUGGAGCUGUAGUGGAGUAUUUGAAUCAUCGACAUUUGAUGUUCUCGCAGCAGUGAGUUUGAAGAUGUCCAUCU